AUGGUGCAUCCAGACAACUGUCCUGAAGCUCUAGUUAUGGUUCCAGACAAUGUUGACGAUGAAGCAAAAUCCGAAGAAGUGAAAGACGAUAAUAACUCGAUUAUUGAGUUGGUAGAUGUUAGGAAUAAAUUUACAAAAGUUCAAGUCUUCAAUACAAGAAAUCAAAUGCUUGAUUGGAUCCGAAUGGAAGCUAUCAAACUCGGGUUUGGCAUUGUCAUUGGAAGGUCUGACAACGACAACAAUAGUACACAACAAGCAUUUGUUACGAUGGUUUGCGAGAGAGGUGGAAACUAUUUUGCUAAAAUUUGGAAGUACAAACAUGAAUACGCCAGAACGAGGAAAUGUGGUUAUCCAUUUAAACUGCGCGGAUACUUGAGGGUGGAUGGUAAGUGUCGGCUCAAUGUCAUAUGUGGUCUACAUAACCAUGCAUUGGACAAUAAACUACAUGGUCAUCCGAGUGUUUCGAGAUUAAAGUCGAAGGAGAAGGUGAUUAUUUCAUAUAUGUCGGUAAUAAAAGUUAUGCCGAGAAACAUACUUGCCGAUUGUAAACGUAAAAGACCGGAUAAUGUUUCAAAUAUCAAGCAGGUUUACAAUGCACAUUAUCUUAAAAAUAUGGAGAUUAGAGGGCCGAGGGCCGAGAACCGAGAUGCAACAACUUUUGAAAAUUUUGGAUGA